AUGUCCUCCGAAUUGAACACCAAUGCUGGCACCAAUGAUUAUAAGUCCCCGAAAGCAACCCAAAAUCAGACCCAGCACACUACCGAUAAUGAAUACCGCCUCCGAGCGGACCGUUUGGGGAUUUUUACCAACGGCCCUCCUAGUACCAUUCUUUUCUCGGAUCUCGACCCCAAGGAUAUCAAGGCGGCCCACAAGGCGCGUAUUUCCGCCGAGCUCAACACUAUUUUGCCUCGUCUUCCUUAA